AUGGGUGAAGAAAAGAGGAUGAUUUCAAGAAGAUCGGUUUCGCUACCAUCAAUAGACAUAUUCUUAGACGAGAAACCAGGUUGGCCUUUGCUUAAAACAGCCACUUCAAGGACACCACAAGUUCACCAUUGGCACACUCGGAAAGUCUCAGUGGUCAAUUGGGCCAUGAGCUUACCUGAACGGUUUCCGAAUCAUCAGCAGAAUCUUGACUCUGAGACAAGUCUUGUCAAGAAACAACUUCAGAACAUAUUGAAUGAUCACAAAAAAUGGUUCAACUACAAUGUUCUUAAGAUGGCAACAUCAGAUUUCUCUCAAGAGAAUCUGAUUGGGAAAGGAGGAUGCAACGAAGUGUACAGAGGGAUUCUUGAAGAUGGAAAAGGCAUUGCAGUGAAAAUCUUGAAAUCGUCAACUAAAAAAGCUAUGUCAGAUUUUGUUCAUGAAAUCGACAUUAUCUCUUCUUUGAGUCACCGAAACAUCUCACGUUUGCUUGGUGUUUGCGUCCAAGACAAUGACUUAAUUUCCGUUUACAAUCUUUCGUCUAAAGGAAGUUUAGAGGAAACACUUCACGGUAAGCAAAAAGACAAGCAUGUGUUAUCAUGGGAAGAGAGAUUCAAGAUAGCAAUCGGCGUAGCGGAAGCGUUAGAUUAUCUUCAUAACCGAUGCUCAAAGCCAGUGAUUCACAGAGAUGUCAAAACUUCCAACGUUCUUCUCUCAGAUGAGCUCCAACCUCAGCUGUCAGAUUUCGGGCUAUCGAUGUGGGGACCAACAACAUCUUCUCGAUAUUCAAUACAAGGUGACGUAGUGGGCACGUUUGGAUACCUAGCACCGGAGUACUUCAUGUACGGAAAAGUCAGUGAUAAAGUCGACGUUUACGCAUUUGGAGUGGUUCUGCUUGAACUGAUAUCAGGAAGACAUCCAAUUUCACCUGAGAAUCCAAGAGGACAAGAGAGUUUGGUCAUGUGGGCAAAUCCGUUGAUUGAGACCGGGAAUUCAAAAGGGCUGUUGGAUCCAGACGUAACAGAGUUAUUCGACGAGUGUCAGUUUCGGAGAAUGGUUCUUGCUGCUACACAAUGCCUCACAAGAUCAGCCACACAUCGUCCCAAUAUUAGACAAAUACUGAGGCUACUAAGAGGUGAAAACCAAGUCGAGAAAUGGAUUAAGGAAGAAGAAAACGAAGAUUGCUUCGAUGACGAGGUUUAUCCGAAUUCGAGAGCGGAAUUGCACUUGAGCCUCGCGAUGCUUGAGGUGGAAGACGAGGAAUCUUCAUCAGUCAGCAGCCUUGAGAGAAGUAACAACAGUGGUUUUUGUUCUUCUUGUUCAUCUGAGGAGUUUCAGUCUUAG